AUGCGCGGUUGCGUGAAACGAUUACUGGCAACCAGGUGGGUGGGGAGGAGGCUGGAGGAGGAGGGCGGGGCAGAGUCGUAUCACUUCGGCUCCUCAUCAUACGUGGCAGCCUUCGGUGAGAAGCCGCCUGUGGAUGUCAAGAUGCUCCGCAGCAGCACCGUGGAGUACUUGGAGGCCUUCGACGCAAAGUCCUGGCACGAGGAUCCCGUACGCACGCUUCUUCGAGGCGAUCCUUUGGAGGGGGGCGAAGAGGUCGACACGGUGGACGCCUUUGGCAGUGUCAAUGGCAAGCAGAUUCUGGCCACCAGCGCUGGUGUCGAUGCCGUGCUCGCACAUAUGCAGCAGGUUGCCGUUGGCAAGGACUUCCGAGACGGCGUGCGGCGCAUCGAAGCACGACUCCUCUCCAGCCAUGCAGCGCAGCUGAUUGGAAACCAGGCGAUGGACUUCCACAAGCAGGACGGCGUCACGGAGAUCGAGGAGUCCAUCGAGGCGAACGUGGUGGAGAGGAAGCUGAACGACCUCCUCCUUGAGGACGAGCGCGCCGGCCGCGUGCGGGUCCAGCGGCAGCCGGCCCUCGUCGGCUGUGUUUCCAACUUCUCCAACUUCCUGGACCUUUGCCGCAAGACCCUUCGCAACAUCGAGCUGGGAGUGCCGGUGCUGGUUCUGAGCCGCUCCAACACGACGCAGCACAUGUUUCGGUGGACGCAGCUCCUGCUUGCUGAGCUCCGCAAGGAGAACAUCGACACAUCACUGGUGAGCUACCUCUCGUGCACCAUUGCGGAGCAACGGCGCGUCAUGAAAGCCCUGGCCCACUGUCCACUCUAUCUGACCGGUAGCCGCGAGGUGGCAGCGGCCAUCAAGGAGCUGAUGCCCUACACUUUCGCGAGCACUGGUGGGCCCAACACCAUGGUUGCGCCGACGCUGGAUGCUGAUACUGAGGCCGCGAUCCGCAUGUCGAGCACCAUCGAGAACAGCGGGCAGUGCACGGCCAUGAGGCACCUGGUGACCGAGUCUUGCAGCAAGGAGGACCUGCAGAGGAUCUUCAAUCCGGUGCAAGGCACCGAGUCAGCAGCCGACAGCUUGAGACGAGGUGCUUUCGAUGGGCUCUUCACCAGCUGGGCCCGAAGCUUUCAGGCCCAGGCGGGGUACCAGCUCCUCGAGGCCUCCCCCGCGACUCAGCCGGUCGCGUAUCGCAUUGCUGAGAACCUCACCCCGACGGGCCUGGAGGAGAAUUGGCGGCGGGUCUACCUGGAUGUGAGCCGUCCGCCGGCCGGAAAUUCCAUCACGGAUGGGAGUUACCUCCAGGCCCUGGCGAGAUGGCUCACCGUUGAGCAGCCCAUCACACUCGCCGUCAACGGCGACGACAAGUCGGGCUUUAGCAUGAUGUGGAAGCUCUUCGAGUCAACGGCCCAGGCAAUCUACAGCGUCGGCCGGGCGGGCCGGCCGGCCCUGACGGCGCAAGCUCGGCCGCAGGAUGGUGAGAUCUUCGGCGAGUUUCCUCCCCGCGCGGAUAUGCACCUCUACACCCAGGGGCCCGUCUUUGUUCCUUCGAGCACGCCAAGCUACAUGGCGCGCUACGAGACGGCGCACCUGGCUGCGUGCGCCGGCCGUGCGCCGGAGGCUUUGGGGCAAGGCGCUCUCCUGGCCCUUCUGCGUGCGGCGGACGAAGAGCACGUGACCGGCUACGCGGUGCUGCUGGCCGAGUACUUGAAGGACAGCUGCGGCCCCAAACUUGGCUGCGGACAGCGGACCACUCUCUGGGGCCUCCAGCGGCCGCCGCUGUCUCCAGUCUCGACAAUCUUGCGCCUCGCGGCCACGGACCGCCUUGCUGCUUUCGCCCUGCACUUGCUUCCUUUCGUGCUCACCAAUGCGAAGGAAGGCCUCGUCGUCUCCGUGGCCCAGGAUGCGCCAGCCAGACACCUCGAAGCUGCGAGGUCGGUGUGCGACGGCCUCGGGGUGCCUUGUCACGUCGAAGAUGCCGCAGCGUUUGACAACCGCCGCCUCAAAGACCAACCGUGGAACACCAUCGAGCUGCAGGCAGCUCCAUGCCAAGCAGAGGAUCUUCCCAUGGUCGACCACUUUGUUCUGAGGCUGCUGCCCAUGGGCCACAUCAAGUCCACCACAGAGAAGGAUGAGGACUUUGUGAACAUCUUCAAGAAGUCGCCGAAGUGGCUCCGCUUCGCCCAGUGA